AUGGUUGAUGAAAACUUCAUGGCUAAAGUUGCAGAUGCAGGGGUUUCUAAACUACUUGAAAGGAUUGAAGAAGCAGGUCCAUCAUCAAGCUCUGAUCAAACAUGGGUGCACUUGUUCAGAAUAGGAGAAUCGAGAUUAUUCUCUGAAAUGAGUGAUAUAUACAGCUUUGGAAUAUUUCUUUUGGAGCUUAUAACUGGACAGGAGGCUUCACAAAUUAACCUGGGAUAUGGUGAAAGCUUGGAGCAGUGGGUUAAAUCACAUGCUAGUUCAAACGAUCUCGUUGACCGUCGACUGGCCGACAACUUCACUUUGGAGGGUAUGAAGGAUCUGAUCAAGUUGACAUCCUGGUGCGUGAGCUUAGAGAAACUAAAAAAGGAAAUGGUUGUAACAGAGCUUGAUCGAAUUCUAGAAAAGGAGAUGACAUUGACCAGAGUCAUGGGUGCGGGUAAUGCCACAGUUACUCUGGGGAGCCAAUUAUUUACUUGAAUGUGACAAAUCUGAAAAUGAAUAAUUCUCAGUGUUUCUGGUCUUAUUUGAACCAUGCUUGUGGAAGCCAAAUUAGAGGAGUUAGCUAUGGUUUCAUUUUGUUUUUAGGAUGUUUAAAAGCAGUUCUCAUUAGCUUCUAUUUGGGGUGGAUGUACAUUAGAACUUAAUUUUUAACAAGAAUGUACAAUA